AUGGUCAGUCCAACUGCUACCACUGUACUGGCCUGGAGUUCCAGGCAAGCAACACCUGCAGAGCCCGUGCGGACAAGACUGGAGAACCGUGCAAAAAGACGAUGUAAAAACACAAAGACCCAAGAGCAGCGAGCCAACAGGGUUGUGUCCUGGGGCACAACUUCAACUCCACACCUCCGAGGCCGGGAGCUGAGGUUGAGGCCUGGGCCGGAGGUCGCCAAGAAGACCGGAAGGCCGCACUCACCAUGGCUCCGGCUGGGCUCCCUUGCUUCCACCGGGAGCACGGCUCAUCCCAGCUCAGAGGGCGCGGCCAACACCUGCACGCCUUUACCAAAGAGCGACGCAACUCCCAACCUCAAGCACAAACCACCCAAGCACAGGCGCCCUACGCAACACGGCAGGAGCAGCCGCAAACUAGGCCGUAAAACUGUCGUAAAAGGGGACGCGGAGGAGAAGAAAAGUCGCUUCAGCAGUGGACAGAGCGGAGAAAGCGACUUCGGGUUGGUUGAAGGGUCUGCUGGAGUUUGCUGGAGGUGCCCUCCAGACCCUGUUUGCCUGUGUAUCACCAACAGAGGCUGCAGAAGAGCAAAGAUUGCUGCCUAUACCUUCCUCUGGAAGCUUCAUCCCAGAGGGGCACCUGCCAGAUGCCAGCCGGAGCUCUCCUCUAUGAGCCGCAGAGAGAAGAAGCUGCCCAAGAAUGGAAAGGAAGAAAUGUAUCACAUCAUCUGUCUGUCCACAGGCUUUCCUUGGGGCUUAUGA